AUGGCACUUGAACUUGGCGGUGAGCCUGUUUCGACAACGCCUGCCGAUCCCGCAGAGGAGCGAUUCGUCUUUACAACGAUUCGAUAUGAUCCACAGCUAGUUCAAUCCGCCGAGAACACCGCUGUCUCCUGCAACAAGCCAUGUCCGUUCUACAUGUUUGAGCAUCACUACACCCGCAUGCAGGUUGCCAAAUGGAAUCUCGCCUCCUGGGCAGACGAUUCAACUUCCGAAUCAUCUCCACGUUCCGCAGAAGACAAAGAGCUCCUCCGCAAGAGCCCCGGUAGUCCAGCUGAGCUUCUCCAUGGCCUGCUUUCAGCGGUUGAGACCUGGAAGAAGACAUAUCCCACCGUCGAGCCGGAAUCGCUCCGCGUCAAACUACGGUUAUACACGAACGGACAAAUCCGCACGGAGAUCUUCAAUCCCAUCCCGCGCUUGCCCCUGUCGACAUUAUUCCCAGCCACGCUCGGCACGCCAGCCGAGCAUCGCGACAGCGGCAAAAUCGAAUGGACCAUCUCCCUCGAUGCCAAUCCCACAGAGCCUACGGAGUCCACCAUCAUCAAAACCUAUGAUCGCUCCGCAUAUGACCGCGCCCGCGCCUCUGCUGGCAUAACAUCCUUUGCCGAGCCCCGCGAGGUCCUUCUAUACACGGCCUCCGGGCUGGUCCUGGACGGGUCCCUCUCGACGCCGUAUAUCUACCGGGGCGGGAGAUGGGUCACUCCGAUGUCGAGCACAGGCGGACAGCAAGGAUGCACGCGGCGGUGGGCGUUGAUGAAGAACCUUUGUGUGGAGGGAGAUGUGGAGGCGCAGAGUCUGGUGCAGGGAGAAGUCGUGUUCAUGAGCAAUGCGAUCAAGGGCUUCUUUCCUACGAUCUAUCAGGCACCCAAGAAAUGA